AUGUUGAAAGCACUGAAGUACAUUGCCGCCGCUAUAAUGGUGCGUCAUAGUUUUAUUUGCCCGGGUCAUAUCGAUUCGCAGCCUCGCGUCUCCCUGGUUAUUCAACGCGUCACCGCCGUUUUCGCCUGCAUUUUUUCAGCUUUUUUGAACUUUUAAUUUUUCAGAGGGAGUUAUGCCUCCUCGAGAGCCUCAACCAUCUAGCACGGCUCAGAUUGCCAAUGGUGAUAAUAGGACCGAGGAGAAACCUCUGAAAAAUCGUCCCAAGGGUAAUGCAUCAGAUGGUAACCAAUAUAAUUUUUUUUUAUUUUGUAGCAAGUAACUUGAGGCAACAGAAGUUACCUGCUUGGCAGCCGAUAUUGACCGCAUCUACAGUUAUACCAACAGUUAUUGCGGUUGGGAUAGUAUUCAUACCUAUAGGAAUCGCUUUGUUUAUUGCAUCCGACUCAGGUUUCCGUUUUUAUUCAUCUAAAGCAGGACUUGCUCUCGAUAAAAUCGCUUAUUACUUUUUUCAGUGGAAGAAAAGAGAAUCGAUUAUACAGACUGUAAUUCUGUUUGCUCUAUAACCUUCCAGCUUGAUGAAGAUUACACGGUUAUUUUUUAAAAUUUUUGUGCCAAAAAAUUGCACUAGAAAUAAAUGUUCUUUGAAAAAAGAUGUGGCAUUCAUUUUAUGCUAAAUUGACUAAUCUGUAAAUCUUCGAAAUUCAACUGUUAAGGGCGACGUUUAUCUAUAUUACUAUUUGGAAAACUUCUAUCAGAACCACCGAAGAUACGUCAAAAGUCGUAGUGACCGGCAGUAUCUAGGCAAUUUGAACGUAUGUUCCCAAUUUUGUAAUAUUUCAACUAAGAUUUCCUCUUAGGAAGUUGGUGAUUGCGACCCUUUUGAUAAAGACAAAGCGACAGGACUUCCCAUCGCGCCUUGUGGAGCUAUCGCAAACUCAAUUUUCAAUGGUUAGUACUUUUUUAAACGGAUUGCUAUGCGUUUUUCAAAUCUUCCAGUCAUUCUAACUCAAUGACUGGGAGCUCUCAAUUUUAUUCUCGUUGAAAAAAAAAAGUUUUCUGAGUUUGCUUGUUUUGGGGCUUCGUUGUUUUUGUUUACGAUCGAUUUUCUGGAAUUUUUUCAGUUUUUACAAUGGAUCAAAUUGGGAUAGAGGAAGAAUACUUUUUGAGUUUUAAAAAAAUGAAAUUAUCUUUUUUUUUCGCUUUGAAACCUGUCGUUUGAAACUUCUGUUGAAAAGCCGGUCGUAUAAAGGCAGUUUAGAAAUGUUUUGCGGUUAUAAAAGGAUAAUUUCUGAGCUUUUCUUAAAUACGCUCCUUAUCUCAAUAGAUAGGUUCUGAACAAAAUUUAAAAAAAGAAGUUGAAAAAAUUUAAAAAAAACCGGCCGCCUUUUAAAGAUUCAACUGUGAUUGUAAAUGUGGUUUUCAGACACUUUUGAAAUUUAUUACACGCCUCCAAACAUGAUUGAGCAGCGUGUUCCCACUACUGUCGAUGGCGUUUGUUUUUUUCUUCGAAUUGUAACUAUUGUGAUUUUUUCAAGGUGUUAUGGGACGUGGACAACGACCGGAAGUUCAAGAAUCCUCCAAUUCCCGAGGGAAAAAAACUCUCUGUGAUGCUUUUUGCGGUCUGUUUUUAACUUUUCAGUUAUUGUUUGAAAAGUGUUUGAAGCGUGAGAUUGAGAUUAUAACUUUUUAAAGUCGAAGUUUCAUAUGUUAAGGGGACGGUGCCGCCUCCAAACUGGAAAAUUCGGCCAUGCGAGAACGGCGGCUUCAAAAAUGUCGAUUUCAUUGUGUGGAUGCGUACGGCAGCGCUUCCUAAUUUCAGGUUUUCUUUAGCUUAAUAAUGUCAUUCUUGUCCAAUAGGCUCUCAUUCAGUUAUUUUUCGUUUCAGAAAGCUGUGGAGACUUGUUUCUCGAACAGAUUCUUUCACUAACGGACUUCCUCGGGGUCAAUAUCGGCUCAAAAUUGACAACAGUAUGUUUUUUUUCCAACUGUCAAUCAUUCUAGUUUUUGGAAAUCUGGUUUCAGGGUGACAAAAGAUGAUUAGGUCGAUUUCAAUAUUUUUGUUAUUUAAAAUUCGUAUAUUUCAAGUUUUCCACUGAACUACGUGUUUUUCAUUCUUCUUUUCAAGUUUGAAAUAAUAAUCGAGAAGUUAUUAUAUUAUAAUAAUCUUGAAACGUUAAAAAGUAGUUCUGUUGAAGUUGAAGUUCACAUUUAAAUCUGUACGUUGCGCGCCGCACCAACUUUAGGCCUAACAAGGGCUGUGUGCGCGGUGAACAUCGAGUUAGAAAUUGAGGCUUUUAUGGUAGAAAGAUCUAGGGGAGAGUGCUCCAAAAAAAAAGAGAAAAUCUGCUAAGCGCCAUAGGGUACCGAGAAAAAGCUCGUCAAAGUUUUGCCACCACGUGUAUGCCCGCGCUCGGACUGCACAGCCAGCAACUGGGAGCGUGGUGAAGUGGUAGUGUUCUUGAAUGGCGCUGACGCUAUGCUAGGUUCGAUUCCUUUUGACGUGAAAAUUUUUUUGCUCUUGUUUUUUCAAUUCUUCUACACUCUAUUAUCAAAAACAGCAAAAAACGUUUGAAUUGGAGGAGAAGAUUGAAAAUUGGAAAAGAAGGAAGGAGAAAGCACAAAAAAAAAACUUUUUUGCGUCAAAUUUAGUUUUUUCAUUGAAAAUGUCGGAAAAAAAAGUUCUGAUAAUUGGUUCAUGGCUUUCGAGAUCACAACACGAUGGAAUCUAAGCAAAAAUAUAAGUGAAAAAUCACUCAUAUUUCUGUCUACCAUAAAAGCCUCAAUUUCUAACUCGAUGUUCACCGCGCACACAGCCCUUGUAAAUGGAAACUUUAAACUCUGAAAACUCGAAUUUUUUAUGGAAGCACAGAAAAAUCACAUUUCUAUCAGAUUAUCCGGUGAAAUCGUUCGGAGGCCGCAAAGAAUUUAUCAUUUCCACGACUAGCUGGGCUGGUGGCAAGAACAAUUUCCUCGGAAUCGCCUAUCUUGUCGUUGGUACGUUCUUAUAUUCAAAAAAUUAUCCUUUUCUCUUCAAAGCCUUCUAUUUUCAUUUUAGGCUCUUUGGCCAUCGUCUUAGGUGUCGUUUUCAUAAUCAUACACAUCAAAUUCGGCCAUUCGUACGUCUCUUUACUUGAAUUUUAAAAUAUAUCCUUUAUUUUAAGAAUGAAUGAACUCAGCAACGUCUCAGCGGGACACCACUGA